AAAGCGACCGGUAGAACUGCCCAUGAUUUUUCACUCACACACGCGCGCACAGAUUAUCGGAGGCAUGGCUGACAACGAGUGGGAAACCCAUAAGGCGGAGAUCGACCGUCUCUACAUAGACGAAGAUAAGACGUUGAAGGAGGUCGCCAAAUACAUGGCCAGCAAAGGAUUUCACAAAUCGGAAUCGCAAUACGACAGAAAAUUCAAGAAAUGGGGUCUGAGAAAGAAGCAAACCCUGCCACGAGGCAUCAACUGGCACGACAUCGCAAAGCGAGUUGAAAAGAGGAAGCGGGUGUAUGGAAAAGAGACGGAGGUUUCUGUCGACGGUGUUGUGGUCCCUGCAAAUAAAUAUCGAAAGGCACAAUACGGCAAGGCCUUCCUGUCGACAUUCGACCGGUUCUCGUCAUUGAGUGCCCCUUCCCCGCCGCCGCAGGACGGGGUGAUCUUGCGGACCCCAUCUCCGCCGGGAUCGAAUCUCGUUCUUCAAGAGUACUUUGAACCUCUGCAUUCGAUCUUGUUGCCUUCGAUUCCCUGGUCGCGGUUCGCAGGCAUCUUAAAUGGACAGAAUCAAGAUGCAUCUUUACUGCGUCAGACUACGCUAUCCCGCGAUGUGGGUGCCAUGUCUCCUAUUGAGAGGGCCGCAGUGAUGAAGCGUCUGCACUGUGUGGUACCAACGCAGAACCACUCUUUUGCGCUGGAUACGAGCGUUGACUCGCGUAUAAGCGCUGCAUUGAGUGUCAUCAUGCCAGAAGAGCACGACGGACAACACCAAGCUCUUGAGACAAACCACUUGAAGUUGGAGCUCUACCUGCUGUCCAACAGUCUUGCCUUCCAUGAUACACAUAUCUCCAUCGAGACGAUUGCAGCGCAAGAUAAUCGCCUGUUAAAGAUGGUUCGAAGCCUCCGCUGGCACAGUGUGAGCCAUUUGAAAGCCCUUCUCGCUAGUAAAGAGCCGACGGCCGAAGCUAUCACUGAGAAACUCUUCGCAAGCGCGAUACGAUUGGUGGACACGAGGAUCGUGAAUGGUUUUCUGGAAGCCGGGGUGGAUGCGAACAGGGCCAUUGAAACAGUCGAGAACACGAUUACCCCUUUAGCGUGGGCUGCCAAUGUCGACAACGACAAGGGCGUAGAACUAUGCGAACUGCUCAUCUCCUUCGGUGCUUGUGUCAAUUUGGCGCGUAGGGGAGAGACCGCCUUGCUGCAUGCUAUCCGCAAGAAUAAUACCGGGGUAAUUGGUGUGCUCCGCAGACAUGGGGCUGUUAUCGACCUCGAAUGUGUAGCGGCUGCUGCCAGUGUGGUUGAUAUAGAACUCUUCGAUGACCUUUUGAAGUCUUGCAACAGACUGCUUGGAUUAUACUAUGAGGAGAUUGAGAAGUACAGUAUUGUCAAAGGCCAAACCACACUACUGGGCGCAGCGGCAAAGUCUGGAAGAAUGGAAGUGAUUGAACGGGUCCUACAAAAUUGUCCAGAUCUCGUAUACCCGAAGGCACAAGCUGAUCUGUCAAGCUACCUUUCUCCUCUUCUGAUUGCCGUUGAACUGAGCCGGACGAACAUUCUUCAACCCCUGAUCGACGCGGGUGUGACUGUCGAAACAGUUAAUGGCUGUCGCUGGACUCCAAUCGAACGUGCUGUAGCGCAUUCCAACCUGGAAGCCUGCAGGAUUCUGAUUGAGAAUGGUGCUCGCAUUUACAGGCCGUUAUCAUAUCGCGAACAGCAAACACUGGUCAAGUCCUUGUCGACAUACCAUCCCCCCAUCAGCAUUGUCGAUCAAAUGAUAAUGCUGACUCCUCAGUCUAAGGAUCAUUUUACUGAAUGGUCUGCAGAAAUGCUCGCUGUGGCUAUUAUGGAAGCUAAUCACGCGUUGGUUGGCCAACUAUUAGCGGCUGGUGUGAAUAUAGGCAAAGCUAAGGUCUCACAAAUCAAAGAUGUGACCACUGCAACCUAUCUAGACAAAGCUGGAAUUCUCGGAUGUGUCUUGGGAACAUCAGGAGCUUCAAUCCUGGUAAGAGCAUUGGACGACGGGAGCCUUCAGUUGGCGUGGUGGCUCAUUAAUCGGGAUGCCCGCAUCCUUGAUAGCAAGCUGUAUACCAGGCGAACGCCCCUUAGUAUCGCGGCUAGGAAUGGUUACCUCUCGAUGGUCGAGGAACUUAUGCGUCGCGGGUCAAGGGUGUCAGACCUCGAGCUUGUUGAGGCCGUGCACCAUGUCCAAAACGAGCAGGGAAACAUUGACGUGCUUCGAUGCCUAUUAGUAGACUUUCAGGGAUGUGCGCCUAGUGGAGUAGCACUCGCAGGGUUUGGCCAGAGAUUGGAUCUGUUGCAGCUUCUCCUCUCAAAUGGCGCAGAUCCUGCGGGCGUUCCUAUGUACCCUUGGCGAGCGGGCUGGAGUCGACCGCUCGGCCGCGAUGUGCGCCUGUUCACCAAUGUGCACAACCCCCGUUCAGCCUUGGAGAUAGUAGCGGCAGGAGGCGACGCAUUGGAUCUUGAGGCCGUAACACAAUCGAGUCUCUGUCACUGGAGUUCAGAACUGGUUGGUCGCGCCUUGGCGCUGACUAUCCAUUCUCACGGAGAUGGCCUGGUUGAGAGGCUUCUCCAACUGAGCCCAAGCAUCAAUGAAGAAAUAACGCUUGAUGAGUGUGGCCCUGGGGUAAUUUGGUUUGAGGAUAAGCCCAACGAUGAGAGUCUCGAGAUCUGUACAGCGCUCGAAGCCGCGGUGAAGAAGCAAAAUGUUCCUGUAGUUAGGAGGCUUCUUGAAUUUGGAGACAUCAAUAUCAACCACUGUGCAAGAGGCGCCCGUGGCCGUACGGCAUUGCAGCAUGCUGUCGAAAAGGGAAAUUGGGAGCUGAUAUCCAUCUUGCUCAGUCAUGGAGCCAAUGUUAAUGGCCAACCUGCCAAAUAUGCAGGUGCGACUGCGUUGCAACUCGCGGCGAUCAAAGGCUAUCUACCACUUUCUUGUGAAUUGAUUCGGCGUGGAGCGGAUGUAAAUGCCCCGCGUGCGGAAUGCGAGGGAAGAACAGCCCUUGAGGGUGCCGCGGAACGUGGUCGGAUUGAUAUGGUUCACCUACUCCUCGAGCACGGCGCCUUGAUACAGGUCGUUCAGGGGGAAGGUGGGAUUGUUGAUGAUUCUACGGAUAAUGAUGGCUCUGAAGACUCUGAAGACUCUGAGGAUUCCGAGGAUUCCGAGAUUACUGUAUAUUCUUCAGACGCUCAAGGUUCUGAAGACUCUGAUUAUUCUGACGAUGAAGACUAG